AUGGCAUCUAAUUCCAGUGCCUCCUCGAGCUCGUUUUCGUCAGCAGCCGAAGGAAUCACCGGGGGUUAUACUGGCGACAGCCUUACGAUCAAAGUCCUGAUCGCAUUCUUCCUCGGUCUGUCGUUGUAUAACGCUGUCGAGUUGCAAGUUCUCAUAUUCGGUACCUUCAAAAAGUUCAGGGGCCUUUACUUCUGGAGUCUGCUCAUUUCCAGCAUAGGCAUUGUGCCUUACUCAAUAGGCUUCCUCUUCAAAUACUUUUUGAUCCUCAAGCACCAAAAAUGGUUCUCCCUGCUGCUCCUGAGCAUCGGCUGGUAUCCCAUGAUUACGGGCCAAGCAGUGGUCUUGUACUCGAGACUACACCUCUUGUUGACAGGCGGAAGGCGAGACAAGAUUCUCAAGUGGACCAAGUGGAUGAUCAUCGUGGAUGCGAUUUGUUUGCAUAUACCGACUACGGUCCUGACCAUCGGAUCAAAUAUUGAUACGCAUACCGAGGCGUUUGUGGAUGGAUAUAACGUUAUGGAGAAGGUUCAGAUGUGUGGCUUCUUUCUUCAGGAAGUUAUUCUGUCGUCGAUCUAUAUCAUCGAAGCCAUUCGCAUACUUCGCUCCUCGGUGCAAAUGAAUACUAAGAGGCUCAUGUAUCAACUGCUGGCAAUCAACGUCUUGAUUAUCACACUGGAUCUGGGGUUAUUGGGUCUGGAGUGCGCCUCGCUCUACAUCCUCGAAACAAUCACCAAACCCGCCUUUUAUUCAAUCAAACUUAAGCUCGAGUUUGCCAUUCUCGGGAAACUGGUCGAUUUUGUCGGUGGAAAGAACUCAUCACUUCCGUUUGCACCAGAAGAGAAGCGGACCUCUUCUGCCCUGGAUGGGGGGACCGACAUCUCUGAAUUUGUGGAUCUAACGAAGGUCUGCACUGACGUUACAAGGACAUCUCAGCGAAGGCGGCCCAAGAGUGGCAGCAGGCCCCAUACCCAGGACCCAGACCUCGACUUGGAGAUUGCCAGGCUGGAGCACGUGGAGACACUUCCGUCAGAGACAAGGAUACCCAACGGAGAUUUUGCGUCUGCAAGGUAG